CCUGCCUCGCUCAGCAGAAGAAGAGUGGCAGGUUUGUGUAUGGUAGUUUGAGGGCAGACGAGAGGAGGAGGGUUGUUGAGGUUGUAGUUUAUGGAACUCAAACAAAUCUGAGUUUGCAUUCAAAUUAAGUAAAUACGGUGUGAGAUCGAGUUUGUGUAAAGCAGCUGAAGAGACUUUAGGUGACGUCAUUCGCGGGAUUCCCAUCGAGCAGAGCAGCUCUGUCAGCAGUUUGAACCUUCCCUGUGUGUGGAACGUGCUGAAGAUGUCAUCCAAGAAAGUGAUCGAGUUGUUCUACGAUGUGGUCUCUCCAUACUCUUGGCUCGGCUUUGAGCUCAUGUGUCGCUACAGAAACGUGUGGAACGUGGAGGUCAAGCUGCGCCCUGCUUUCCUGGGCGGCGUCAUGCAGGGAUCAGACAAUAAGCCUCCUGGUGUGGUUCCAAAUAAAUUUUUGUACAUGACCAAGGAUCUGCAGCGCUUGUCAGAGUACUUUGAGGUUCCCCUGUGCCCCCCAUCGGACCCCUUCGAGGCCAUGUUCAAAAAAGGUUCCUUGUCUGCAAUGCGAUUUGUGGCAGCAGUACAAGAGAGGGAAAAGGAUGGAGACAAACAGGUGGAGCAAGUGUCCCGGGAGCUGUGGAGACGAAUCUGGAGUCAGGACAAAGACAUCACUGAACCUGCGUCACUGUCUGAGGCAGCAAAGAAAGCAGGUCUGUCUGCUGAUGAAAUUAAAACAGUGCUGGAGUUGUCCAAGUCAAAGGAGAUUAAAGCCAAGCUGAAAAGCACAACGCAGGAUGCACUUGGCUAUGGGUCGUUCGGCUUCCCCAUGAUGGUGUGUCAUAUUGAUGGAAAACCAGAGAUAUUUUUUGGAUCUGACAGAUUUGAGCUCAUGGCCCACUGCCUCGGAGAGAAGUGGCUCGGACCUGUGCCUCACAAGUCUGCUGCCAAGCUGUGAGAUGGAAACUGUCUUCAAACAUUCUUGAAUUCUAUCUGUCUAAUGUUGUUUUCUUAACUUUAUUAAACACUUCAAACUUCAUGUUUUGUAAGCAGGGCCUUGUCAAACCAAUCAGCAGAUUUCCAAUAACCAAUAAAUAGUGUGAAUGAUGUAACAAA